AUGCUAAAAUUCUUCAUUAAGAUUUCACUUUUACUGUUUUCUUUAUGGAUUCAUGAUUCAAAGGUUUUGGCUGGAGACACUUUCACUGCUGUGUGUCUCAGAGAGUUCCAGAUAGUAGAUGGCAAGGGAGUCUGCCUCCAGGCAUACCCUGAUCAACAUGAAUAUUCAUGCGAUGUGAAGUCUUGCUAUGAUGGAGCAAGCAGCAAUCAUUACGUUCAGAUGAAGGAUUGUACUCACAACGGAUCUAAUGAUAAAGGUCGAAGUACACAAGAUUGUGCUCAAUAUAAAUCUAUGCUUCAAGCUGGAUUCAGUUGUACAAACACUAACGGGUUUCACUAUACUUGUCCUUUUCGCGAAAAUACUUUCCAAAAGCUGACGUGUUCUAGCUGCACAAAAUAA